CUUCACUUCGACAUAUCAGAUCCAUCGCAACCCUCGACAAGGACGACGCGCAAGAUCCAACCUCAUCAAAAGCCAUCCCAAACCUGCGAGCGCCCAUCACAGGCUGCCCGCGAUGCCGCCUGCUGCGAGCCAAAAGGGCACCGGCAAGAAAGCCGGGCCCGGUGCUAUGCGACAGCGCAGCCGCAACACGACCCCGAGCUCCGUCGUGCCCUCGGCCAGCUUGCCCCCUAUCGACGCUGUCGACACCGAGUAUCUCGAGCUACGUGUCGAGCAGUUUCGUAACCUCAACUACGAUGAUCUCGUAGACCAAGGCGCCUCCAAUGCCGUGAUGCCCGACUCCAAGAGUCUCGAUGGCAUGAUUGCCCGCCUGCAGCGCCUGCAGGAAACCAUCGACAGACGAAGCAAUUUCUGCGAUAGGGGUAUGCGCAUAUUAGCCAGCACGCGCAAGCAAUACGUCGACGUCGACGAGCCUGCUGAACCCGCCGCGAAGGCCGAGGGGGACGGCAAGAAGACGGGCAAGACCAACAAGAAGAAGAGAAAGGCGGCCGAUACCCUGGCACCACCCCAGGAAGGGGGAGUCGAGCGAUCAUCCCCGCUUAGGGAAUCCACUAAACCACGAAAGCUUUCGCGCGACUCGGCCAGUUCUUCCCUGUCACCCGUCGCGCCCGCAACACCAUCAGCAAUGGAAGUCGACGAGAAGAAGAAGAAAAAAGAAGAGGCCGAAGAGGAGGAGGAGGAGGAGAGUUCGGAGGACGAGGGCGCGCCGCCCAAAAAGGCCCAACCCGCUGCGCACACCUUUGGCGACGAUCCCUCCACCUUCCCCGACCCGACCGUCUACGAAAUUCGCCCGACACACCCAGGCAUGCCAGAGGACGAAUUGAAGGAGAUAUUCUCUGUCGCUGUCUUUCCAAAGACUGAUCUGGCGGAUCUCAUUGCUGGCGAUCCUCCCGACAAGGACUUUAGUAGUGCCAAGCCCACGAACCAGAUCAGCUUUUCGACCUUCUCGACGUAUAUGGAACCCUACUUCCGGCCUUUUGCUGAGGAAGACCUCGGCUUCCUUCGAGAACGCGGCGAUCGCGUCACACCUUUCCACAUGCCUAAGAGAGGCAAGAAGCACUACACUGAGAUCUGGCAAGAGGAGGAUGGCGCCAUGGCACUUGACAAACCUCAAGGUGCGCGCGAACAGUUGGCGCCCAACCAGGCUCGUGGCGCGAUUGACAACAUGGACGACGAGGUUGCCGAGACAGAUAAACUCUCUGUCGGUCCCUUAUUGUCUCGAUUGAUGCAAGCGAUGCGACCCGAGAACCGACCCCAAGCAGACGAAGAGAAAGCACCCAACGGCUUCACCAACGGAGAUACUGUCAUGAAUGGCGGCAGCGUCAACGGAGAAAAUGGAGAUACGCAGCAGAGCUUCGUCGAUGAUAAGGCUCCGCCGACUGUGCCGCCUGCAUCUUUCAUGCCCGAAUCGAACUCCGAGGCAUGGAAGAAGGCUUCGCAUCCAAAGUUGGAGUACACCCAGGUCGAUGAACGAAUCAAGCAGGAACUGAAGCACAUUGGCUUCCUUCCCCAGGAAGGUAAUUUCGAGCCGGAAUACGAUGGCGCAUUCGACGAUGAGGUGGCAGCACGACUGCGCUUACUGCAAGGCCGCCUUCGAGAGCAAAUGCUCAUCAACGGCGCUCGCAAGUCUCGACUCACGGAGCUCGUCAAGGAGCGCAUGGCGCACCAAGAAUACCAAACAAUUCUGGAGGAUCUCGACACGCAAGUGCAGGCUGCCUAUCUCAAGCGAACCCGUACAAUGGGCAAGAGCAAGAAGAACAAGCGACCUGGCGGUGCUGGAGGCGGUAGCCACGCGGUUGGUGGUGCGGCUGGUAUGGCAAGACCAGGCAUCGGCGACAUGACGAAGACCCUAAUGGAGCGCCGGAAGCGCUGGAUCGAUACGAUUGGAUCUGUAUUCGACGACGAGAGCCUUGGCAAGGUGCCGCGUGGCUCAGAUCCCGAGUCCUCCAUCUUCAAGGCUCCUGUCAUGGCUGAUCUGAUGAAGAGAGAGAAGUCGCAGUGGGACGAAGAGGUCGAGGAGGAAUAAGGUAUUCAGCUCACCCGGCUGAGGAAAAUGGGAUGAUUGUCAAUAUGUUACGACUAGCACUGGUACAUGCUUUGGUAUCCUGGGUUCUCGGUUUUGGGAGGUAAAACUUUGGAGUGGCAGUCGACCAUUGGACUGGACUCGGUGGACGGCGUUAGGAACAGCAUAGAGG